AUACACCGGAACAAAUAAUAAUAUGAAUUUUAUAUUUUAAUAAUAACAUAAAGUAUUAAUAACUGCAAAGAAAAUAAAUAAUAAUUUUAAAAUAUCAGCCAACAAAUUCCCAAAAAUUGGUAAUGUAUUCAUCGUCCAUGUCAUAAUAACCGCUAUAAACCUUAAACGGAUCAAAUCUUUAAGAAGAAAAAUUUAAAAAAAAAUAAAGAGAAAGAAAAGAGAAAUACCUUUUCUCUCUCUUCUCUCAAAAACAACCACCAAAAAAAACAAAACCGAAUAUAACUCCAAAAUCAUAGCUUCUUUAACUGACGACAAUGUUCUCCAACACCAGAACUCGCCGGGCCUUGGAGCUCCGAUCCGGCGGCAAAAUUAUCCGACCCAGGCGAACCACUGCUCCCAAGACUCCAUACGAGCGGCCUUCUCCUCGAUUGUUGCAUAAUUCGGGUUCUCAGAACCCUAAUUGGCUUUCCAGACUCAUCUUAUCUCCUACUCGUAUGAUUGCUACGGGCGCCGGUAAAGUCCUUUCUGUUUUUCGAAACGACUCUUCCUCCUCCUCAUCCUCUUCGUCUUCCGGUGGCGAUUUCUCUUCAGAGAGUGAUACGGAUGAAGCUGAGGAUGAUGAUAUCUCUUCUCAAGAUGCUAACAAGUUGGAAAAGAAUUCUCGGCAUGCUAUUAUUCCCCAAGCUAAAGAGUGGAAGAGUGAAACAAAGCGUGCGAUUGAGCAGCUUCUCAUGCAGGAAACUUUUUCGAGGGAAGAAUGCGAUAGACUAACCUAUAUCCUUAAAUCAAGAGUUGUAGAUUCUCCCGUCACUCGAUGCAUAGAUGGGAGACUAACUGAGAUACCUGACACGACAAUUGGCAGUGAUCCUGAUUUGCCUGCUCUCUGCAGUACAGCCAUUACAGAGGCUAAAAAAUGGCUAGAGGAGAAGAAAUUGGGAUCAAACUCAAAAUCAGAAUUGGAAUAUGGAACUUGCACUUUGAACACUUCCAUGUUGCCACAUCAGGUUACAGAAGGUGAUGUGGGUUCUCCUGUAGAUUUGGCCAAAUCUUACAUGCGAGCACGACCCCCAUGGGCUUCACCAUCCAUGAGAAACAUUCAGUCGCUAUCCCCCUCACCAGUGGGGAUACAGCUUUUUAAGGAAGAAACACCAUAUUCAUUUGGUCGAAAUUCUUUGCCCAUAUCCAAGCUGAUUAGGGAUUCCUCUGCCACUGGUUCAUGGAACAUCCAGGAGGAAAUACGAAAAGUGAGAUCUAAGGCAACUGAAGAUAUGUUAAGGGUCCGACCAUCAUCAGUAAUUGAUUGGUCUACAUUAGCUUCAGAUAUUAAACAGAGCCCUAGAUCAUUGGUGGCUUACAAAGCAGAAUUUGUUUCACAGGUAGCUCAAGAUGGAUUGCAGAAUGAAUCUUCUCCACCAGAUCCAGCUACUUCAGUACCAGAACAAAGUCAGGAUCCUAGAGCUAUAAAAAUCACGGACAGUGCUAAAGGCUUGCAGGAUGGCUCAGAAGGGAGAGCAACCCAUGGACAAAAACGUCAACCUUCAGAAGAUGUGAAGGCUGAAUCACAAAGUGGUAGUGCUGCCGCUGAUGCCCUGAAGGAUGCUGAUGGGGAACAACAACGUUUGGACUCUAUUGUGGGAAUUCAGGAUUCCAGAUCACUCGAAAUAAGCAGUUCUGCAUUGGAGGAAGUUGCUGCAAGGGAUGAUGCAGGUGCUGUUAAUGGUUUCCCUUCAGGAUCCAGGUUGUAUGGAGGACAGGAAAGAGAACAAAAGUCCAAGGCAUCGGAAGAGCAGCAAAUUUCUGUUGAUUCAGGCCACGACAAGAUGACCAGAAAUACGCCUGUUGAUGAGACAUGUGAGUUGUUGAGUGAAUCCUACAUAGAAGUGCCUAUAGUAAAUGAGAGUCAUAUUGGAGGCACAGGCUCUCAAAACAGCUCGAGCAUGCACCAUGAAGGGUUAUCACAGGGGGUGUCCCCGCGGAGUUUGAAACGUAAGGCAGGCAAGAGCAAUGAUGUCACUGUGACAGAGAAACAACAAGUAGGGAAACAGAGAUAUGUAAGGAAAGGCAAGGGUCGGGGUAAAUAAUGGUUAAUCUGUGUAUUUUUGUACGAAGCUAUAACAUUAACUAUGAACUAGUCUAGAGAAAAUGGACAAAUAGCACCACAGCCACGGAUAGACUGUAGCCAGAUGGAUAAUUAAUUGUUAGCUCAGAUGUUCAAGUAGGUGGAUUUUCCUUUCCUUUUGUUAGUUAUGGAUUGAUGUUUCUGUCCAGGAAUUGACUCAGGCCACUCUGCUUUUUGUAACAUAUCAAUAACUUAUUGUUACAUUAACUGCACUGAAAUCGAUUAUAUUUCUUUU